AUGUUCCCAAGCAGCCAGGGGCAGCGAUGGACUCACUCACUCUACUCUACUCACUUUGUGAGCGUGGAUAAUGCUGGAGCAGGUGUUGUGAAACUGCGUGUUUUGCAAUAUUCCCAAGCAGUGGAUAUGGCCAACGUCUUGUUGCACACACCUCGGCCUUCCUUCUCCACUCCAUGGGGAGUGUCUGACAGCCGGUGGUGCCUUGGAUUUGAGUCUCGGUGUGGUGCCGGGCGUGUCAUGGGUUGGUGUUGUAGGAGUGGCCGCGUAGUAGUGUGCACAACUGGGCAGCACCCUCCUGAGCCCCGCAAGGAAUUUUCACAUGUUGAGAGUAAGCCUGUGUCGAAGAAAUUGCCGAAAACGAAUAAGAAAAAAGAAGGUAGGGAAAGAGUUUUGCCGGUUCUAAUUACGGUUAACAGAAGUGAUGGCAAGUGGGCCGACUCAUGGAACACAGAGCAAGUCACUACAUUGAAGGACCUCAACCUUGAAGACAUAUCCACAGAUUCUAGUUUCCAGGGACCUGGAAAAGUUCCGAAGGACCUCGUGCACGUCGAGUUGGCUGUGCAAAAGAGUGGGUGGGGGUUUUUCGUUCAAGCUCAAGUACGUUCGACGGUGCGGCAACAAUGCAGCCGCUGCUUUAAAACCUACUUCUCUCCAAUUAAUGGAUCAUUUCAAGCGUGGUUGACGCCGACACAAGACAUGUUUGUCCAUCCAAAUGGAAAAAGUGAAGAAAAUGGUGAUCCAACCGUUGUUUAUUUUCCACUUGGGGAGGAAGAAGCUGACCUCACUAGAAUGGUGCGGGACACUAUCAAGCUUAACUAUUCCGCCAAGGCAAUUUGUUCGGAAGAGUGCGAUAAGCUCGGACCCAGGACAUGGGAGGUCGGCGGGUCACAAGGGAGACCAGUAGACAGUCGGUGGUUACCCUUACUUAAGGCCAAGCAUAAUCUUUGAAGCCAUCUUCUUCUUCUUCUUCUUCAGAAAAAAGAAAACAAAAACAGAAAACAAGCAUUCAUGGCGUCUUGGCACUCUGUGUUUGAAAUGAAUCUCAUGGCGCAGUAAGACACGAAAUAUGGGUCGACAUGGAGUGCAUUGCAGCAAACUUCCUUUGCAACAAAUGAAUCAAUCUGGUUUCAGUUAGGUUCCGAUUUGAUGAUUCGUAUCGUUAGCUUCCUAGUAUUACCCUGCAAUUGUGACAUUAUUUGGAAUACCCAAAAUUUCAACAAAUCAACUUCUUUCAUCGA